GCCGCGGACUGCGGGGCGGCGAGCGGCGCUCGGGGCGGGCAGGGGCGCGGGCCGGGCCCCGGCGGGCCCUCCGCAUGGACCGCGAGGAGGAGGCGGAGGAGCGCAGGCGGAAGCUGGAGGCCGGCAGGGCCAAGUUUGCUCACUUCAGACAACGAAAAACCAAAAGUGACCUCUCGCAGUCGCAGAAAAAGACGGCGAAGAGGAAGGGCUCGUCUGUCCACACGCAUGACCUUCCGCAGGAAGAGCACGCACCAGCGGCCCAAGAUGUUGGUCAAGGUGUAGAGAGUAAGGCUGAAGAUGCCACCCUACUGGAGACAGCAACGGAGAUGGAGGAAAGUGCUGCCUUGUCCAGCUGGGAUGUACAGAAUGAGCCUGUGGCUGAAAAAGUUAGAAUACAUUCUGCUGCAGAACGCAGUGAGCUUGAUGCUAAGAUGUGUCAGGCGAGGGUAGCUGAGUUAGAGAACAGACUUCUGGAGAAAGAGGAAGCACUCAGAGGACUCACUGCACAGAUGGAGCAGCUACAGGAGCAACUUACACAGCACAGGGACUCUAUGAAACUUCAGGAAGCUACUGUUCAAGAGCAGAACGAAGUCAUCAGGAAACUAACAAGCUGCCUUCAAGAGGCGAAGAAGGAUCGGGACGACCUCCAAGAGGAGGCUGUGUGUGCAGCUGGUGAGAUCCAGGAUUUACAGCUUCAGUUACAUCAGGUUAAUGAGAUGCUGAGGAAUAAAAGCUCUGAGAAAAAUGAAGUGUUAGAAGCUCAGCAGCAGAUGUCCUUGUUUCAAAACCGUCUGGAAGAGCAAAAUACACAUUUGGAGAUGCUGCGUCAGAAAGCUCAUGACCUGGAACUACAGCUUGAGUCUUCUCAAAAGAAUGCCAAAGAUAAAGAAAAUCUUCUUUUGCAAAUGGAAGAGGAUAUGAAAGAUACAAUGCAACAGCUGUGCAAAAGCAUGGGAGAAAAAGAACAACAUAUUAAAAGUCUUCAGGAUCUAGUGACAUCGGAAAGAUUAAGCUUGUCUGUCCUACAAGACACCCUUUCUCUCCGGGACUCAGAAAUCACUGAAUUAAAAAAUGAAAUAGCUGGAUCCAAAAUGAAAGAACAGCAAUGUAUUGAAGAACUGAAAACCAGUCAUGAAAAGGAUACUUGCAGACAGUUGGAGAACCUGAGGGCUGAGCUGGAGAAGUGCCGCAGAAGAGAGGUUGCAGAAGUCAGGCAGGCAUAUGAAGAAAAAAUAAUUUUAAAAUAUAAGAAUGGACUUGAACAGUUAAAAAAAGAACUCUGUGCUCUGAAUUCUGAAGAGCACAUUCAGAAGUUGAAUGGCAUAAUAAUUGAUUUAAAUAAUAGUCUUAGUCAAUCUGAAAUUGAUAAAGAAAAUUUAAGAAGGAAACUUGAAAACCAGCAGGAAGACUUCCAGAGAGCAAAAUCUGAAAUUGAGACUAAAUAUGAGGAUUUAAUUGGUGGUCUCAAGUCUCAACUCUCUGAUGCAAAAGAGCAAGUCAAGGAAGCCCAGCGAUAUAAACAAGAAAAACAGUCCUUGAAGGAAGAGAUUCAGAAACUGAAUUCUUUCAUUCAGAGAUUAAAAGAGAAACAAUUUUAUGAGGCUGAAAAGAGUAUAGAUGCAAGGCAAAAGCAUGAUGAAAAGAUUGCCUCCAAUAAAAAGCUAAGGAAAUUGAAGGAAAAUCAGAUUUUACCAACAGUGUCGCAGUUGCAGAGCACAGAGCUUGAGAUCGCGUGGAAUAAAGAGCAGCAGUUGAAAGGUCAAGUUGAGCUAGUUCAUGAAGAACUGGAGUUACAGGAUGACAUGGGAGCAGACUCCUUGAGGGACCCAUUAGAAGAAAUUAUAAAUUCCAAGAGGACAGAGAAUAAUGAGGGUAGUGAAGGAGAGGACCUGUCUGAAGAACACUUGUCAGAACUAGAGCUUCUCAGUGGGGCUGAAGGCUUGUUGGCUAAGUACCUCAUCUCCACAGAGGGACAAGAGUCAUGUGUGUCCAGCACUUCUGAAGGUGAGGCCAUUGAAGAAGGUAGAUGCAGUAGGUAUGGGUUAGACAGUAGUUUACUUCAAGAGCCUGAUAGAGAUUUUAUACCUCCUCUGUUAAACUUUGGCCUUGAUGAGGAAAUGUGUCCUAGCAGUUUGGCUCAAGAGGCUUUUGAAGAGACUGAGGUGGGAGCAGAGGGCUUUGUUUCAUUUUUGUCAGAUAGCUCCCUGCAGCAAAACAAAAUAAGUGACCACAGUGACAUUAAGGAUGAUGAGGCAGCUUGUUUAUUAGAGAGAUGUGUGAAGCUAACUGAGCAGCUCCAUGAGAAGGAAUCAGCCUUGAAGAAGUCUUAUCAGGAGACCCAAGAAGCUGUUGGAAAAUGGGAAAAAGUAAUGGCUGAGCUGUCUUCUCUGCAUGUAGAACUGGAUGAGGAGCGUGAGGCACGGAUCCAUUGUGAAAAAGAACUUCUUCAAAAAACAGAGAAGGAGAGAGAACUUGAAAAUAAAAUAUUGUUUCUAGUAAAGCAGCAGGGUGGGGAUAGAGGCCAACCUUAUGGUGCUGUAGAGCCUUUAACACAAGUGUCAAAAUCCUCUACCUGGCAAGAAAUGGUGAAGGACCUCCAGGAGGAAAAAGAAAUGUUGAUGGUGCGGCUGCGAACUCAGGAGCAACUAGUGAAAGAGGUUCAAGAGCAGAAAACAGCUUCUGAUUCUGUGACAAGUGAAGUACAGUCUCUCUUUGGCCGUCAGUUGGCUGUUUUGCAAAGUCAGAGGGAUCAAAUGCAAAGCCAGCUUGACGCUCAGAGGGCUAAAAACCAGACAAUAGCAGAGCUGCUUGGUCAGAAAACUGUAUCUGAAGAGACAUUGCUGAAAGAACAGGAGUUGCUCAAAGCUGAAAUCAAUAAUAAAGAAGAAAAUCUAGCACUGUUACUGAAGGAAAAAGCAGCCUUAGGAGAGAGAUUAUCUGGCAUGGAGGGGGAUCUGGUAAAAGCAGACAAAGCACUAGCAGAGAACGCUGGCAUCAUUGGGGAUCUUGAGAAACACAUACAUGAACUUAGUGCUGAAGUGAAAAACCUCAAAGAAAUACAGGAGUGUGAAAGACUGGGAUAUGAAGACAGAUUAAACUUCAGCAAGCUGGAAAUUCAGAAGCUUAAUGCUGAAAUAAAGGCAAAAAGUACUGAAUACAGUGAGAAAAAAAGCCAGUUGGCAGAAGAAAUUGCCCACUUGAAGCAGGUCCGUUGGGAGCUGGAGACUCGCUUGCAGGAGUCCCUUCAGUCUGCACAAGCUGUGCAGGAGGCACAGUCUGAGAUGGUGAAACAUUACAAGGAGGAGAUGGAUAAAAUGGAGACUCAGCACCUGGCCCAGUUAACUAAAAUAGAAGAGUUAAAUGCUGAAAUAAAAGAUAAAGUGGAAAACCAGCAGAAGUUGGAAGAAGAAAGAAAGGAACAGAUUGCUUUCAUAAAAAAGGUGCACGAACGAGAGCACGAUCGUGAAAUCUCUGAACUGGUGACUAGACACCAAAAGGAAAUGGAGAAGGUCCGUGCUGAGCUAAAAAAAGAACAGCAGCACCUGUUGGAUGAAUUUCAGAAGCAAAUGGCAGCUGCACACAAAGCAGAGCUGGAGCAAGCGCAGCUUCAGUCACAGACACUGCACAGCCUUGAACUGGAAGCCUUACGCCUAAGCUUAAACAACAUGCACACCUCCCAGCUGGAGCUUACCCAGUCAAACCUGAGGAAAGAAAAGGAAACUGCCCUGGUGGAGCUGCGGGAGAUGCUGAACGACAAGCGGGCUCAGGAGGUGGCCAUUCUGCAAAGCCGCCAUCAGCUGGAGGCAGAGAAGAUGAAAGAGCAGUGUCUGAAGGAAAAAGAAGACCUGAAGUCAAAAUAUCAGCAAGAACUAGUUGAUCAGAGAAAGAAAAUAGAAUUGGAAAUGGAAGAGACACAUAUCCAGGCUUUAGAGAGUCUUAAAAGAGACUGGCAAUUGGAGUCUGAGAUGCGUUUGGAAAGCACACGUGAAGAACUGUCUGAAAAACACCAGACUGAAAUGGUGGAACUGCAGAAAACUCUGGAAAUGGAAUUGGAAAAAGUCAAAACAGAGCUGGAGCUUCUUUCUCUUGAGAAUGAACAGUCUAAAACAAAAUGUGUAGACCUGGAGAAGCAACACCAGUUGGCCGUUACACAAUUACAAGAACAGCUGCAGACUGAACAUACCCAACACCUAGAAGAUGUGAAGAAGAGCCAAGGAAAAGAACAGACUCUUCAGAAGGAGCUGGAGGAGCUUCAGGUCAGGCAUGAAGAGCUCAAGGCUCAGUCACAAGAAGAAAUCCGGCAGCUUUGGUCUCAGCUCGACAGUACCCGAGCAAAUCGGCAGGAGCUCAGUGAUGGGGAGACCAGAAUGCAAGCCCAUGAUCCAGAGCUAAAAGAGCAGCUCCUGGCUCGUGCAUCACGGGUGGAAGAGAUAGAGCACUUAAAACAAGAAUUUGAACAGCAGCGACAGCAAAGAAGAAGUGAGCAUGAAGCUGAACUGGAGCAACUGAGACUUUAUUUUGAAACAAAGUUAAGAGUUGCUGAAGAAAACUACAGAGAAGAAUUGACUUUGCUGCAUCAGAGACUGCAAGAACUGAAGGAAUAUCCACUGUCAGAGUUGGAAGUGAGUCAAGAUCCAGCUGGGGACAACAGUUCUUCUAUUGCAGUUUUUGAAGAGGCUGCUGAGAGAGAGAGAAGGGAUGCACUUGGUCAGCUAAAUCAACAGCUGGAGCAACAUCAGGAGGAACUUGCCUGUUUGCAGGCAGAACUUAAAGAGCAACACAGGCAUGAAUUAGAUUCCUUAAGGUCUUCCCUUGCACUGCAAUAUAAAGAGGACAUAAUGAAAAUGAAGAUGGAUCUGUCAGACAAAUAUGUAACAGAAAUUGAGGAAAUGAAAAGAAAGCAUUGCUUAGAACUUGAGCAGCUCCGUGCCCGACUUUCAGAAGCACAUAUUAAAGAAAUCACCAAACUGCGCUUACAAAGUGCUCAAGAUGCUGCACGUCAGGUUGAAAUGGAGGUGGCUACACGAGUGUCUGAGCUGGAGGAAGAGCACAGAGCUAAGCUCUCUCUCCUCCACUCUGAGAAACAACAUAUUGCAGGGCUUCUGGAGGAGACAGAGCAUUUAAAGGAAGAGAUAACGAAACAAAAAGAUCUUUCUGUGCAGAAUGAAAAGCAUCUGAAAGAGGAAAUGGAGAAGGUAAAACAUAAAAUGGCUGAGGAUCACAAGAAUAAGCUAAGAGAAGCCAGAGAAGAAGUUCAGAAAAUAGAGACUAUGUAUAAAGAAAAGGAGAAGAAAUGGAAAUGUGAGAGGGAGGACCAGAGGAUCCAGGCAGAAGAGGCGUUAUCGCUGCUGCGCACGGAGCUGCAGAGCAGAGCAGAGCAUGAGAAGCAGAGUUUGCAGGAGGCGUUUGAACUCCGUGAAGCUGAAAUGAAUCAGCUUCGAGAUCAUCAAGCUGCCAGAAUCCUGGAGUUGGAGAAGCUGGUCAAAGAGCAGCAGAACAGCUUGCAGCAACUAGAGGACAGCCUCGCAACUGCACAGGCUGUGCAGAGAUCUCAGGAGCAGUACGACAGUGACCUGCAGGCAGCCAAAGCACUCAUGGCAAAAGAAAUGGAGAAGGCCACACUUUGUCUGCAGGAGGAAUGUGCACUGAAACUUAUGGAAGCACAAAACAAAUUUAUGGAGGAACACAAAGCUAUGACUCAGAAAUUCACAACUGAGCAAGAGAUUCUUCUCCAAGAGCUGAAAAAGAAACAUGUGGAUGAACUGGAACUCCAAAGUCAGCAGUUACAGGAGAAGCAUAAGCAGCAGAUUUUGUCUCUUACAUCUGAGUUGCAAGCAAAGCACCAAGCUGAAAUUGAGACACUUAAAUCUACACUAGAAAGUAAACAGCAGAUUCAGCUUCAAGCUUGUGUUGCUGAACUACAGACAAAGCAUCAGACAGAAAUUGGUGAGCUGGAGGUGAAACACUUGGCAAAUCUGGAUUCGUUGGAGUCAUCCUACCUGUCUGAAAUUCAGAAUAUAAGGGACGAACACAGUCAGGCGCUCGAGAAGCUACAGCUGCAGCACGCAGAGCAGCUCCAGGAGAAGGAUAAAAUGCAUCAAGCACACGUGGUUCAGGAGAUAGAGAUGUUGAAGUUAAAGCAUGCUGAAGAACUUCAGCUUGCCCAAAAUAAUUUGAAAAUUGAGCUAGCUACUCUUCACAUGGAAAAGCUUCAAGCCAUGGCUGUUGAAGCAGCAGAAGCUCAUAAGGAUGAUUUGAACACAGCUCUUCAAAACCAAAGGAAACUGCUGGAAGAAGAAAAGCGUCUGGCCCUGGAUAUAUUACGUGAGGAAGUGGUGUGUAUGGAGGAAAAGCAUAGGAAAGCACUCCAAGAGCUUCAGGAUCUUCAUGAGGCAGAAAUUAAGAAGCAGAAGGAAGAAUAUUCCAGGGAGCUGGAAAAAGAAUUGGGGAAGCUAAAAGCCCAGCAUGAACAUGAGCAAGAGAUAUAUGUUUCUGCAUCAGCCUCUGAAGUAGAAACUGUGCGCAAAACUCUUCUGGCUCAAUUUGAGGAGGUCAAACUGAAGCAGCAGCUUCAGUUCCAGGAAGAGAUUGAGCUGCUGAAGUGUCAGUCGGAGGUACUGCUUGAGCAGCAGAUUGCACAACUGAAGGAGGAAUUUGAAGCUGAAAAGAAGGCAUCACUACAUGAUAAAGAGCAGAUGUUGAUUCAGGAGAGGGAGAAGGCACAGGCUGCUCAUCAGAAGGAGCAGGAGAUGUUAUUAGCCCAGCUACAGGAAAAAGCAGCAGUAAUUAUCCAGCUGGAAAAGAAAGUGGAGUCUUUAAACCGUGAAACAGAGGAGACCAACUCUGAACUGGAGACGCUCCUUCAGCGGCGGGACAGAGAAAACCAAGAAGGAGGGAAUUUGGUGGCCAUGUUGAGAUCUGAUAUUGAGCAGUCCAAGGAGGAAAGGAAAAACCUGCAGGAGUCUUAUCAGCAUGUUUUGAAAUUGCUUGUUGAGUUGGUGAAGGCCACAAUAGCUGUUGAGGACCUUAUCUGCAGCAAGGUUGGUCUUUGCCUUGAUGACAGUCUGGCUUCUGGAGAUUCCAGGGGUCACAGUAUCAUGGAAGACAUGGGAUUCAUGCAGUGCUUCAAAGCCAAAGAAAAGCAUAAUCUGGAAAAAGUGUAUGAGCUGCUCGAUGUCACGCUCUCAGAACACAACCCGCUGUCUCCAGUGGCUGAUGAGGGAUCAGAAUUGAGCCAAUACUUUUGUGAAAGUGGUUUUGCCAAGCCAGAAUUGGCAUGUGAAAAUGAAGACAUGAUACAGAGACUUUGCCAUCGUUUGCGCACCGCAGUGGAGAGACUUCUGGAACUGGUUACAGAAUCCACUAAACAACUGGAGAAAAUGCAUGAAAACCACGCGCAGUUUGAAGAAGAAUUCAGCCGCCGCAACCGGGAAACGGCCCAAGUGGUCAGUCAGCACCAGGAGCUCAUGGAGUGCCUCAGUGAGCAGAGUGAGGCCAAGAACCAGCUGGCUCUGGAGCUUCACAAAGCAGAGGGCAUUAUUGAAGGCUAUGUUGCAGAAAAAGCUGCACUGGAAGAGGCCUUGAAUCUAAAAGAGGAAUCUGAACGUCGCCUUGUUGUGGAGCUGGAGAGUAUGCGUGAGCGCUUCCAGGAGCUAACCCAGGAGCAAGCAAUUCUUGGAACACCUGUUGCUAAUGUAGCACAAAAAGGUGGCUCAGGUCUACUCAAGGAAGUAGAGCUUUUGGCCAAGGAGAAACUAGAGCUUCAGUGUCAGGCAGAAAAGGACCACUCCAACUUACGCUCUCAAAUGAAGGUUUUGGAGGUGGAACUGGAAGAACAGCUGCAUAGUAACCAGGACCUGGCUACACAGUUACUGGAGGUUGCUGAAUUAAAAGAGCAAAUUCAAGUUCUUGAAAAACAGCUUAAAAACCAGCGGCAGUUCAUGGACGAACAAGCUAUAGAAAGAGAACAUGAACGUGAUGAUUUCCAGCAAGAAAUUCAGAAACUGGAAGAACAGUUAAAGCUUUCAGGAAAAUCACAGACUUCAGGAGAGCUCAGAGAACACAGGAACUAUGAAUUGAUUCUACAGGUAGAAUCUUUGCAAGCAGAAAUAAAGGACAAGAUGGAUGAUUACAAUAAGCUGUUGUUAGAAAAGGAGCAAAAGCAGCAAGAACUAGUAGCUCGUGAUAAAGAGCUGGAGAAGCUGGUGGCACAGCUACGGGAGCUGGAGCAGAGCGGCGCUGAAGCCUCCAAGGCCCUUCGCUACCUGGAGCAGCAAGUGCAGAAAAUGAAGAAAGUGGAAACUGAGCUAAAACAGGAUAAAGAGGCGUUGCAACAGCAACAGUACAAUAACCUGCUUCAGAUCUCUGCCCUACAGUCCAAGCUGGAUGAAGCAAGGCACCGAGUACCAGCAGAUGGCAGUUCUGCUCCAGGGCUGGUGGAGCAGCUACAAGCAGGGCAGGAAGCACUUCAGACCAAAGAGAGAGAGAUUGCAAGCUUGUUAGACCAACUAGAACAAUAUAAAGAUAAUGUGAUCAGUAAAAGUGAGGAGAUACUGCAGCUGAACUUGCAGUUAGAGAUGCAAAAAAACCUUAGCACGUCCAGCAUCAGCCAGCUUCAGUUAGAGAAUGCACACUUGAAGGAGGAUCUAACAAAACUUCAUGAGAAGCAAAAUCAGGACAUGGAUGUUAAUGAAUCCUCAGCUCUGUCAUUCCCACAAGCACUACUUCAAGAAAAGAAUCAAGAAAUAGAUCACUUGAAUGAGCAGGUGAAGAGGCUCCAGCACGAGCUAGAGAAUAUUCUGAAGAAUAAAUUUCUGGAAGACCAAAAAUCUGAAAUUGAAGAACUCAGAUCACUUGUUGAGCAUCUUCGCGGUGACCAGGAAAGGCUGCGUAAGGACAAAGAUGAAGAGGUAGAGCAACUCCAUGGAGUAAUUGAGAAGCUUCAAAAGGAGCUAGCACAGUUUGGACCAGUAUGUCAUGAAGUUAGUGACAACCAAGAUGAUCUCUAUCAAUUUACUUUGGGAAAGCCCAUGGAAAACCUUCAGAAUGAGUUGAGGAAGGGACCAGUAGAUUGUCAGAGUGAUACUGAUCUAAACAGAAGAAAUGCAUUUCUUCUCUCCAAAGUUAGGGAAUGUCAGGAGGAACUGGAACUUGUCUCAACUGCUAAAGAAGCUCUGCAGCAGCAACUGGAAGAGAAGGAAUCACAGUUCAGACUGGAAGUGGAAAUUUUGGAUAAAAAAUGCCAAAAGUUGCAAGAGUCAUCGGAGCAGCACAUUGCAGAGCUAACCUCUCUGAGAACACAGUACGAGGCACUUCAGGAAGAGCACAGCCUUUUCCAAAAACGUUUUUCUCAGAGAGAUGUUGAAGCAAGGAUGAUGACUUCUCGCAUUCAAGAACUUGAAGAUACUGUGAGAGAAAGGGAAGCCAGUAUUCUAGAGAAAGAGAUGAGAAUGAAGACAAUGGUGGAUCAAAAGGAAGCCGACACAACUGAUUUGCAGUACUUAACAAAAAAGGCAGCAGAGCUUCAAGCAGAGAUAGAAAAAAGAGAUGCAAAUCAGGCUCAAGAUGUUUAUAGUCUUCAGUUAGAAGUUUCUAGACUUGAUCUCCAGCUGCAAGCACUGAAUCUGAAAGAAGUAGCUUAUCAGAGAGAAAUCAAUGAACUGCAAGGUAGCACAGCAAAACUGAAAGAUCAAAUUGAGGCAUAUGAGAAAGAGCUUGAAGCCUUACAACAGGAAAGAAGUGAACUUAUUUCACAGCUGGAGUUGUACAAGCCCAAGGAACAAAGUGGCCAUGGAGAGACUAACCUUGUCAAGACGUGUUACCAGAGAGACAGAAACGGUGAAGCCUUUGAAAAAGGAAUGGAGGAACUGGAAGCAAAUGUUAAUCAGUCAAUUGCAGUAGUGGCUUCCCCUGCUGAUAAACUGGAAAAAGAUGAAGUUAUGAUUGAGUUGGCAACUCACAAUAUAAAUAAAAAAACUCAGACUAAGCAAUCACAAGAAAAUAUCUUGAUUCAGGAAUCAGACCUGAUCAGCAGCUCUGAAGAGGAGCAAGAUUUGAAAACACGUUGUCAGCAAAUGUUGGAAAUCCAUCAAACUCCUGAUUCUCCACAACACAAUUUGGACAUAGGCAAAGACACUUCAAAAGACUUCCAGAAUUUCAUUGCAAAUGUGGCUUUGUGGGGCUCUCCUGAGAUUGUGAGAAAGCAGGACAUGAGCACGGAGCUUCAAGCAGUGCUUCAUCUGACUCCCUUGUCGGAAGCUGGAAGCUCAGAUUUUGAAAUGAUGCACACCAGGUCAUCCAUGCAAGAGGAUAACUCUGUGUUGCUGGGAUAUUCUGACCUUUGUGAAAAUGGCAGUGAGGAAGCAGCAGUGGGAGUAGACAGAAAAAGUCCAGCUCUCUCUGAAAGUACCUACUCUGAUGACCAAGAUAUGGAGAAGAUUUCGAUGAGAGAAGCUGAUCAUUUAACUUUAACCCCUCUGGGUUUACAACAUGGUGUAAGAUCAAGAGCAUCUGCCAUAGGUGCGAUGGGCGAUGGAUGUGACAGCUAUACCACCUCAAAUUUGGCAGCUAAACUAAAGCAGGAGCUACAAACAUCAGAGCACCUUGAUGCUGGUUUCGUGGCUUAUCUGCAGCACCGUGGAAUGUUUCCAGAUAUUAUGGAGUCGGUGAGACAGAUGGAAAUACUUUCACCACAGAUGAAGACUCUUCUGAAGAUGGUCUAUGAGGAGAGCCGCAAAAUACUGGCUUUGUCAGAGCAUCCCUUUGGUUUUAGGGAGCUGCAAAAUGUGCCUCAGAGCAGAGCAGCAGUGGAGGGGUGGCAGAAGGAGGGCCUAGCCCUGCUGGAUGCCAUUCAGUCACUGAAGGAUUUCCUUAGCAAGGUGGCAGACAGAGGAGACAAGGAACAUUCCAGUGUUGCUGCUGACUGGAGAGGAGAACUUCUGCAAGCAGUGCAGAGUGUGCUUGAGAAGGAGAGAAACAUGUUGCAAAUUGACUUCAAGUCUCGCUUCUCCAGUCCCGGGUCUGGUGAUGACAGUUCAUUACUGGAAAAAAUUGAGUAUAUCAUGAAACAACAAGAGGAACAGAGGCAGAUGGUUGUGGAGCACCUCUUCUCUUCAGACCGGAACAGCUUGCUGUCUGAAAUCCAGGACCUGCGAGCUCAGCUGCGCAUGACACACCUGCAGAACCAGGAGAAGCUGCAGCAAUUGCAGGAGACCCUCACCAAUGCAGAAGAUCAUGGGAGCAAACAGGAACACCAGCUUCGGAGGAAAGUUGAAUUGCUAGAAUAUAAACUCCAGCAGGAAAAAUCUAUUGUAAGUGACAUGCAGAGCACCCUGUCUGAGGAGCAGAAAAAAGCCUCUGAAACACAGGAUCUCUUGAACCAGGAAAAAGCAGCCCUGAAAUCAGAACUUUAUGGAAGUAAGCAAGAGAACACGAGGCUGCAGAAAUCCCUUGAAGAGCUUCAGAGGGAAAUAAACCAGUUACGGUUUGAAUUGGAAAAAAAAGAAAAGGAUUUGGCAGCUGCACUUGAAGACUUAGGGGCGGAACAGCUGAAGAAAACGGAGCUACAGGGUCUGUUUGAGGAGCAGCACCUUCAGCAUAAGAAAGCAGAAGAUGAAAAGACAAAGGCUUUGGAGGAGCUGCACGCUGCCUUGGAGCUGCAGUCGGUGCAGAAGAGCCAGCUGGUGGUGUCCCUGCAGCACCAGCAAGUGGUGAACGACAAUCUCCGCAAGGAGCUGCAGAUCGAGCACUCCCGCUGCGAAGCCUUGCUGGCCCAGGAACAGACCAAACUCUCAGAGCUCCAGAAAAACCUGGAUGCUGAGAAACAUCGUUCACUGGAGCUCCUGAAUUCGUUGAACCACGAACGUGUUUUGACGGAACAGUUGAGCAUGAGAGUGAAAGAAGGUGCUUCUUGUCAGCACAGGGAGUCGCUGCUGGAACAGGCCUUUGUUCGAGAGCUCCAAGCCCAGCUGGAAGAGGAGAGGUCCCGAAGUAUGGAGCUAGCUGCUGUUAUUGAGAAAAUGCACCAGAAGGCCCUUCAUUCCAGAAGGCAGCUGGAGACUGAAGUGCAGAUGUGCUGCCAAGAGACCCAGAGGGAGAGGGAGGUCAGUGACAAACUGCGAGCGGCACUGCAGGCCCUUCAGGGUCAAAAGCAAGAGGUGACCCAUUCCUUCGAGGCCCAGAAGGAGAGAGAGGUGAAGCUGAAAACUGAUGAGGAACAACUGCAGUUGCUCUUGAAGAUGAUGGAGGAGCAAAAUAAAAGCAAGAAAGAGGAGAGAGAGAGCGAGCGAAGGCAGCAGCAAGAAACAGAGCUAGAGAAACAGAAGGACUGGCAGAGAGAUCGAGAGAGGCUGCAAAACUUGGAGUGGCAACACCAGAGGGAUGAAGAAAGAAUUAAAGAGCUGCAGGAAAUCCUGGCAGUGUUGGAAGAAAGAGAAAGAAACCUCCCACCUCCAAACCAUCAGCAAGAAGUGUUGUGUCCCUUGAACAAAGAUCGAACUGCCAAACAGCUCACAACAAAAGACACUGAAAAACCACAUUUGCAACAGCAGCAAGAACAGCUAGAGAAGAUAAGGCAGCAGUUGCUUUUUGUAGCUGUGCACCUGAAUGAGUUCAUAUGUAAAACUGUAGAUAAAACAGUUAACGAUUGGUCUGCAUCAAAUGAUGAAGCUGUAGCCUCUUUACUGCAGACAUUAAAGGAACUAAAAUCAGAGUUAUUGUCCCCUCCUGCAUCUCAGCUGAGACCUGCAGAUGCUACAGGCUCUGUUCAAGAACUGGAAAGAGACGCUUGGCAGCGCGAGAGAAGUGUUUUGCAGAAUGCCCUCAAACAGGCUGAAUCUGAACUGGCUAAAGUGACUGCUGAAAUUGAAAACAAACCAGUGGCAGAAGCUUCCAGUCCUAAGUUGCAGAGAUUGUAUAAGAAGUACCUUAGAGCAGAGAGCUUUAGAAAGGCUCUAGUUUACCAGAAGAAAUACCUCUUGCUGCUUCUUGGUGGAUUUCAGGACUGUGAGCAAGCAACCCUGUCUCUAAUAGCACGUAUGGGCAUCUACCCCUGCCCUGCAGACCUGCAGGUUCCUGGGUCCCGCUCCCGGCCCUUCACCAAGUUCCGAUGCGCAGUCAGGGCCGUCAUCGCCGUCUCGCGGUUGAAGUUUUUGGUGAAAAAGUGGAACAAAGUUAGCAGGAAGAGCAUACAAGGUGAAACCAUUUGUCACAGUGUAGGAGGUAAUACAGCCUGUGGUGCCAGAAUAGACAUUCUGAAGGAGCAGCAGCCUGCAGCUGCUCAGCUCAGCUCUCCCCCAACCCGGGACACUGGGCUGUGCCACAGAACCAGCUCUGCAAGGUUUGGGAGCCGCUCCCCCAGAUCCUCUCACUGCUUACCCAACAGAUUGCAUCCAUCCCCGGGCUCAGCUUCAGAAAAGUCACUUGGGCCUACUCAGGAUCCUGAGCGGUCGCUGACGGAAUACAUCCAUCGCCUGGAGGUGAUCCAGCAGAGACUGGGGGGUCUGCAGCCAGGGCAAGUUCCAGGUCCACCUCGCCAGCGAAACACGAAAAAGUGAUGAGAAGGCUUCUGAAACCUGUGCUGCAAACCCCUCCCCGAGUCAUUGCUUCCUUCCGAGUUGGUCCAUCCUGGAUGGAGGCACUUGCAAUCUCUUCUGCAACUGAAAAAGGGCAGUGCUUUUGCAUCAGAUUUUUAUAUGACUUUUUAUUAUAUUUUAGUACUUAAAGAGGAAAUUACUUUUCACGAAGAACAAUGUCUCAUGUGAAAUUACUAAGUUAACAGCUACGUGUGCCCACAUCAGUGCAUUUUAAGUUGCGAAGAAUCUCCUUGGUGUUUAUUUUUCUAUAGUGUAUAGCUGGAUUCCUUGUAAAAAAAGUUAUUAAAAUAGCCUUUUGCCAGUGAA